AUGGCGACCACGGCACCGACGCUACCAGCGCGCUUCCCGUGCUGGUGCAGAGCCGUCUACUCCUGGGGAGGAGAGUCCAAACGUGACCUAGGAUUCAUCGAAGGCGACCUCAUCGAAUGCCUCAACGCCGGAGACGGGCAAUGGUGGGUGGGCAGGCUCUACCGCGAUCGCAGGUCCGUCGGCUCUUUCCCCUCCAACUUUGUCCAGGUCCUCCCGCCCGACUUCCGCCCGACGACACGAUCCGUCAGCCCUCUGCCGCCGGGCGGCAAUGUCCCCAGACCCAGCAAUAUUCCCGUCAAGCCCAAGCAGAAGACCUUUCGCCGUCCCUUUGAGGCCUACUCCAAGGCUCCCCACUACACGACGGCUAAGCAGCCCGAGACCUUUCGGGAGAUUGUCAAGCCUCAGAAGAAGCAGCGCGAUAGCUCCGACAGCUCGCUGCGAAAGGCCGGCAGCAGCAGCCCCAAGGAUGACUCGCCGCCUCCCAUGGCGCUGGUCCGCGCCGGCUACGGCGCUCCCAGGGGCCCCUCGCCCGCGCCUGCGCCUGCGCUGCAGCAUCGGGGUUCUGUCGCCACCGACAGGAACGUGUCUCCCAUGUCUCCCAUGCCUCCUGCGCCCCAGCAUCAUGGACACCCAUCCAGGGCACCCUCGCCGCUGCCCCCUCACCAGCAGCAGCAGCAGCACCAGCACCAGCACCAGCACCAGCAGUACGAUUACGCCCCCAGGGCUCCCUCACCGCUGCCUCCCCAGCAGCAGCAGCAGCAGCAGCAGCAGCAGUACGACUACGCCCCCAGGGCGCCUUCGCCGCUGCCCCCCCAGCAGCAGCAGUAUGACUACGCCUCCAGGGCGCGUUCACCUGCGCCGCCGCCGCAGCAGUACGACAUGGUGUCUCGCGGGCCUUCACCGGGCCCGCCCCCUCAGCACUACGGCUACGUCUCCCGUGGUCCCUCGCCGGCGCCCUCGUUUGCCCGCAACCCCAGCUUCAGCGCCGACGUCGGUGCCGACGGGCCUCCUCCGCCUCCACCCCCUCCGCACCGGCACGUCACCAGGAACGGCUCUCAAGACAUGCAGGCGAGCCCUUACGACAUUGCCCGGCACGGUUCGAACGGCUCCUACGUCCCCUACAACCCCUACUCCAGGUCGCGUGAGAACUCCAACCUGUCCUUCAACAACGAGCCCGAGGUACUGUCGCGCAGUGGCUCCUACGACCAGGGCUACCCUACCAGACCGCCCACCCAUCAUGCUCAGGGGCCGCCCACACCCAACCGGCCUUCUCCCGGUCCCGGCAGCGGCAUGACCCCCUCACCUCUGCGCGAGGCCAUGGAUGGCGUCAUGGAGCAGCUUGACGAGCUUCGGGGAUUGGGUGAGCCCGGCGACCGCUCUGCCGGCCCGACGGAGCCCCAUAAUCCGUGGUCGCCUGAAUCGUUCAACAUGCUGGCUAGCCCGAGCAGGCAGAGACCCCCGCAGCAUGGGAAGAUGGCCGCCAUGUCCUCCGCCGGUAUCCCCUCUGACGAGGGCUACGACACCUGGAGCGCCGGCUCUUCUCAGGAUCCACCGUACCAGAGCGGAGAGGUUCCCGACGGCGGCGACCUGCCCCCGCUCGACGACUACGUCCACAGGAUGGAGAACCGCUUCUCCAGGGUGCACAAGUACAGCGCCAGCACCCCCGUGGCAGCGUCCGCCAGCAGGGAUGACCCAGGAGGCGACGCGCCCCCGCCGCCCCCCCCCAAGGGCCAGCCCUACGAGCGCCCCAGGUCGUCCCUCGGCGACAUCUUCAGCAGGGGCCCGGCCUCGCCCGAGCGCAGACUCCGGGCCCGCAAGUCGGCAUACGGUGUCGUCGGCGAGGGCGUCGCCCGUACGUACACGACCAAGACGAACUCAACCGAGGCCUCGACCGGGAACCAGAGCAACGCGAGCGGUACGACGCAGAGCAGCGCGAGGACGCUGUGGAGCGGCGCGUCGGCCGGCGCGUUCAGCAGCACCAGUGCCGGCAGCAUGGCCCGCAACGCCCAGCGACCCCAGAGCGCCUUCGGUCUCCGCGACGCCGAACCUGAGCGCCCGGAGACCCCGUUCACCGGCGUCACCUACCAUAGCAGCCACGCCACCGAGUACCAGUCGCCCACCAGACGCCCCAAGUCGCAGGCCGGAUUCCACGACGACGCGGCCGCCGGUCUGGGGGGUCUGGUGCAGCCCAAGGCUGCCAAGAGGAACAUCUUCAAGAAGAUCUUCGAGUCGGCCAGGACCGGCGUGGCUACCGGCCGAUCGGGCAUCGGUGGCAGCAUGAUGGGAGGAGAGUCGCGCCCCAAGUCCCCGACGCGGCCGCUCACCCUGGGCGGUUCGGCCAUGGUGGGCAUGGGGAACAACCUGUACAUGGGACGGGAGAGCUCCCGGGACGCGGCCGCCGGCAGUGACGUGGACUGGGUGCAGGUGCGGCGCGACGUCAACCGCUCCAACUCGCUGAGCCAGAAGGAACGGACCGAGAGGCAAGAGCGGUGCCAGAUGCUGGACCACCCGGCCCUGAACCCCGUAGACGAGCUGUACGACGGCGUCGAGGGAGACGAGGCCGCCGACGGGAGCCCCGUGCUGGAGCCCGUCAGCUACCAGUCCAUCAACUUCAGCCAGGUGGACAAGAACUCGCGCUUCAUCGCUGGCCUCCCACCGCUCACGACGGCCGUCACCCUGGCCACGACGUACGUGUGCCGCCCGUACCGGAGCGAGGUGCAGCGCCUGCGGGCCAUCUUCACCUGGGUGGCCGAGAAGGUGUGCUGGGAGGAGGAUUUCGAGGGCGAGAUCGACACGCGCCAGGUCAUCCAGAGCAAGCGCGCGUCUGCCAAGGAGUGCGCCGUGCUGGUCAUGGAGAUGUGCUCGUCCAUCGGCAUCCGCUGCGAGGUGGUGCGCGGCUACCUCAAGGGCCCCGGGGAGCUACCGGACCUGAACCUCGCUCCCCGCUCCAACCACUGGUGGAACGCCGUGAUCGUCGACGACGAGUGGCGCAUCAUGGACUGCUCGCUCGCCAACCCUUCCAACCCUCGUCGGGCCGACUACUCGAGCGCGUCGGGCUCCUCGGCAGACUUCUGGUACUUCCUCGCGCGUCCGCUCGAGGUGUGCUGGACGCACGUGCCCGAGCACCACGACCAGCAGCACAUCGUCCCCCCUGUGGCGCACGAGAUCCUGCUCAACCUCCCCUGCGCCUCGCCGGCCUUCUUCCGGCAGGGCAUCGAGAUGGCCGACUACAACACCAGCCUGAGCCGCAUAGAGAACCUGGAGAUGGUGCACCUCAAGUUCAACGUCCCGCCCGAGGUCGAGGUGGCUGCCGAGGUGGAGACGCGCGCCUACUCGCGCGACGCAGACGGCGACGUGUUCGAGAGCGGCGACGUGAUCAAGAAGCGCGCCCUCGCCCAGGCAGAGUGGUUCAACGGCGUGAAGCGGUACACGGUCAAGGCUCUCCUCCCCGGCGACGAGGGCCAGGGCGUGCUCAAGAUCUACGCCGGCCAGCGCGGCCUGAUGCACAGCAUCAAGGACAUCCCCCACCCGCUUGCCCUGUCCCUCCCCAUCAUCCACACGGGCGAGAACCCGCCCUACGAAUUCGUGACGAGACAUCCGACCCCCCACGCGCAGCGCCACGACAUCUACGUCGUCCAGCCGCAGUGCCAGAAGCUCGCGCUCAACAACACCUUCGUCUUCGCCAUCAGGCAACAUCCUUCCAGCAGCUCCACCUCAUCCGGCCCGGCCCCGCCCUCGGCCCUGACACCGUCCUCCAACCCCGGCGGGACGAGCCCGAUCCCUUUUGCGCGCCCGACUUCGGCUAUGAGCAUGACGGCAUCCAUCAGCGGGGCGGGAUCGAACCCGAGCUCGGCGAGCGGGAUAGUCGCCGGCAAGAAGCCCGCCAAGCUGGCCAUCCAGACGCCCGGGGGCAAGAUUCUCAGGCUGAUGAGGAAGGAGGACAAGAAGGGGAUAAGCGUGGGGAGCAUCAGGGGCGGCGCGGACGAGGAUGCCAGCGACGGGGGAACGUGGGAGACGAUCAUCAAGUGCUCUGAGAAGGGGACGUGGAGAGGUCUCGUGCUGGCCGAUAGGACGGCCAGAUGGUGUGUCUUUGCAGAGUGGGUGUGCGUGUGA